AUGUUCCCACCCAGUCUUCUCACGCUCGUCUGUCUGGCUGUUUCUUCUGGCGUCCACUCAGCACCUACCCCGACUCUUAACCAACGCGACGCGACCAAGGUCCUCGUCGCUCGUGAGCCCGCCUUCACCGUCACUGGCUUCAUCGGUGGACGUCUGCCUAAUGGCACCUUCGGCCGCGUUACUACCAACUCUGGUACCGUCGGCCAAUUCAAUGGAUACGUGAUCAUCGAUGGUAACUUCAAUGGAACCGCCGAUAUCAAUGCCAUCAAUAACGGGACCGCUAACAUCAAUGACAUCAACGGAGCGGCCAAUAUCACGGACACCACGGCCGGCGGUGCAGGCGACGGUACAGGCGAUGGCACGGGCGAUGGUACCGGUGACGGCACGGGCGAUGGCACGGGCGAUGGGACUGGCGAUGGUACCGGUAAUGGUACUGGCGCGGGUGCUGGCGCGGGUGCUGGUGCUGGCGCGGGUGCUGGUGCUGGCGCGGGCGCUGGCACAGGUACAGGCCUUGGCGGCACUGGCACGGGUGUCGGCACUGGCACCGGCGCCACUGUGGGCAACGGCAAUGGCGUUGGCACAGGCCUGGACGACGGGACUGGCGGUGGUGGCGUCGAUGAUGGAGAGAGCCUCGCUGACUUCUUGAACUCGUUGUUCGGCGAUGGCACAGGCGAUGGUACCGGAGACGGAACUGGUGUUGGGGCAGGAGCUGGCUUCGGGGCGGGAGCUGGCUUCAACGGCGGCCUCUUCCGAGGACUAUUUGGUGGCAACGGUUUCGGCUUCGGUAACGGUUUCGGCCUUGGCGCGGGGGCGGGGACGAAUGGCGUUGGAGGUACAGCGGCGGGAGGUGCGACCGCUGGGGGUGCGACCAACGGAGGUGCCACCGAUGGAGGUGCGACGGCCGGAGGUGCAACCAACGGUGGCGCAACCAAUGGCGGCGCGACCAAUGGCGGCGCGACCAAUGGCGGCGCGACCGGCGGAGGUACGACUACUGGAGGAACUGGGACGGGCACGGGCACGGGGACGGGCACGACUGGUACUGGCACCGGGACGGGUACAGGCACUGGUACUAACACUGGUACUGGGACUGGCACCAAUACCGGGACUGGCACGGGCACGGGCACGGGCACGGGCACGGGCACUGGCACAGGUACGGGUACGGGCACUGGCGGCACGGGUACCGGUACAGGCGCCGGAUGUACCAGUCUCAUUUGCUUGGGAGCGAAUACCGGAUUGGGUGGUUUGGGUCUCGGCACUGGAGCAACUGUUUUGUGA